AUGAUCCCGGACGAGAAAGCCCCCGAUCCAUACGACCCCAUUGGGCUUCCGGACUACGAUCGAGAAUUCAUCGAUCCCGACGACCUGCACCGGUUCGAGAAAGCGUUAAAUGCGCCCGAGACCAACAGCUUGACCUUGGUGGCCAUCAACGACUGGCGUCCGAUCAACCAGAAGGUUCGCAAGCGCCGGAAAGCCCCAAAGCGAAGCAAGGAUGAGACGAGGGAAGGUGUGCUUUACACGCUCCUGAAAUGGCCGUUUCUGGUGACCGUGUUCGCGUGGAUCACCGUGCUCAGUAUCGGCUACGUACUGGUCCGGGUGUAUAUCUUUCUGUACGAGCAACUCGUGACGUGGCGCGGCAAGCGCCAGAAACUGCGUCGAAGCCUGUGGACGAAGACCAAUUAUCCGGAUUGGUUAAAAGCUGCCCAAGAGCUGGAUGCCCAUUUGGGUAAUGUCAAAUGGAAGCAGGAGGAUGAAUAUGCCUACUACGAUCACCUGACGAUCAACAAGGUCGUGGCUCAAUUGAAAGAUGCCAGGAAGGAUGCCGAAUGGGAGUUGCAGCACCGGCGCAUCGACGCUAGUGAACCGCCUGCCGUGGAGGAGCUGCAGGCUAUCCUCGAGGCGUGCGUCAAGAACAACUUUGCCGGAGUGGAGAACCCUCGCGUCUACAGUGAGGCGUACUCCGGGACAAAGGAUCUGGUCCAGGAAUACAUCGACGAAGUACACGCCUGCAUCAAGCUAGUUCUUGACAGCAAACAAAUUGACAAGGAGGCCAAGUACCGGCACUUCAAACACCUGGAUACCAAUUUCGGACGCACUGCCCUCUGUCUUUCGGGAGGAGCAACCUUCGCUUAUUACCAUUUCGGUGUCGUGAAGGCACUCCUGGAUAAUAAUGUCCUGCCGGAGAUCAUCACGGGUACGUCUGGAGGCGCGCUUGUGGCGGGCUUAGUCGCGACGCGCACCGACGAAGAACUGAAGCACCUACUGGUGCCAGCCCUCGCUCAUCGGAUUCGUGCCUGUCACGAACGGUUUCCCACGUGGAUGCGUCGCUGGUGGCGAACUGGAGCUCGAUUCGACACCCUCGAUUGGGCUCGACAAUGCAGUUGGUUCUGCAGAGGGUCCACUACCUUCCGGGAAGCGUACGAACGGACGGGCCGCGUCUUAAACGUCACCUGCGUGCCUUCGGACCCUCACUCGCCGACCAUUCUAGCCAACUAUCUGACCUGCCCGGAUUGCGUUAUAUGGAGUGCCGUGCUGGCCUCGGCAGCUGUUCCAGGGAUUCUUAAUCCAGUGGUGCUAAUGACCAAGAGACGCGAUGGAACACUCGCACCGUAUUCAUUCGGACACAAGUGGAAAGAUGGCAGUUUACGCACCGAUAUACCCAUCAAAGCGCUUAAUUUGCAUUUCAACGUGAAUUUCACUAUCGUUUCUCAGGUCAACCCGCACAUCAACCUCUUCUUCUUCAGCUCGCGAGGCACUGUUGGACGACCAGUGACGCAUCGCAAGGGGCGCGGCUGGCGCGGCGGUUUCCUGGGCACUGCGAUCGAACAGUAUAUAAAACUGGACCUGAACAAAUGGCUCCGCGUUCUCCGACACUUGGAGCUUCUCCCUCGACCAAUGGGCCAGGACUGGAGUGAGAUUUGGUUACAGAAAUUUAGCGGCACAGUGACUCUCUGGCCCAAGACCGUCCCGUCCGACUUCUAUCAUAUCCUCUCGGACCCCAGCCCGGAACGACUAGCGCGCAUGCUCCACGCCGGCCAGCAAAGCGCUUUCUCCAAAAUUCAAUUCAUUCAGAACCGACUCAAGAUCGAGUUUGCAAUCAUGAAGGGUCUGAAGCAGUGCGCCCCGGCAGGGACCGUCGGGGGCCGUGCUCUGUCCCCGAUUCUGUCUCGCCGGGUAAGUCAUCCAGAGCACGAGCCCUCGGACGACGACGCGCUGGUCCGGCGGUUGGACGAGAACUUUCCUGAGCGAGACGGCUUCAGCUCCAACGCUUCAACUGCGUCCUCGCGCCCCCAGACCCCGACUUCUCGCCGGCGAAGCAGUGUUAUCGAGGAAAUGCGCCGCCAAUCAGCUGUGUUCUUUGACGACGAUAUCUACACCGACGAGGAUGCCAUUGUCACUUGA